UCUCUCCUCCCACGCGGCGCGCAGUGAACGCGGAGUUUACUCACACCGCUGAUCUGAUCUGACUGCGCCUCGGUUCCAGACUCUGUGUGAGUGUGUGUACAGGAGUGUGUGUAAGAGUGUGUGUAUAAGAGUGUGUGGGGUUUUCCUGUUCCACUCACGACCCAGGAAUGCCAUGGCCACUCAGAAUAACCAGGAUUACUUCAGGUCGGUCAGCAGCGAGUCCACCACUUACAUGAUGGUACCGGCGAACAGCCGCAAAGACUCGCCCUCCAAACUCUGGAUAGCUAUGGUGGUGAUCGUGGUGGUGGUCCUGCAGAUAGCCUCCACCACUGGACUCUUCGUCUACCUAAACAUGUCCCUGUCCAGGGUGAAUGAACAGGGUGUAACAGAGGAACUGCGAUGUCUGGGACUGCUCAAUGCCCUGGACAAAAAUAGGGACAUCCCAGAGGACCUGGCUCAGCUGUUUGGAGAACCCUGCAUUAAAUUGGCUGAAGGCAUCAAGUCCUACAUCUCCAAGGUCACAGAGAACAUAAUCUCCAAACACACAUUACAAGAAGCAAGAACCAUGCCUCGCACUUACAACACAACAGGGUCAAAGUUCGUGACGCAGAGGCCUUCAGCGCACCUGACGCUCAGCAGCCUACAAGGUGCCACCACGCAGUAUCCCAACCCCCAGGCGGACCUGCACCAGUCCUGCCGCCACCCCGUGCGCUCCUGGGCCAACCAGAGCUUUGGAGCCCACCUCCACAACAUGACUCUGGCCAACGGGCGUCUGCGCGUGCCCCAGGACGGCCGCUACUACCUGUACGCCCAGGUGUACUUCCGCUACCCUUCGCCCAGCGAGGGUGAGCAGCACAGCACCAGCCACCAGCUGGUCCAGUGCAUCUACAAGAAGACCUCUUACCUGAGGCCCAUCCAGCUUCUGAAGGGUGUGGGCACCAAAUGCUGGGCGCCGGACGCCGAGUAUGCGCUGCACUCCGUCUACCAGGGGGGUCUGUUUGAGCUCCGCGCCGGGGACGAGGUCUUCGUGUCCGUCUCGUCUCCAUCUAUGGUGCACGGCGAGGACUCCUCCAGCUACUUCGGAGCAUUCCGUCUGGACCUGUAAAGCCAAAUCUGAGAGACUACGGCAAGACUACAUUACCCACAAGGCACUGGGAGGAUUUUUGUUUUGUUUUUGUUUUCUAAAUGGGAGAUGGAUUAAACAUUGCAUCGUUUCAUUUUCCUUCUUUGACCAAUCAAGAUUUCUUUUAUAUAUGUAAAAUUCCUUUUUUUUAAGGCAGAAGAAUGUAUGUAUAUUUUUAAAACCACAUCAAAGGUGUGGAUCUUGGAAACGGUAGCAGAAAUGAAAAAAAAAAAAAAAAAAAAAAAGACAACAACCACAGCCAAGACUUUACAAGGCUGCUUCUUUGCCAUCGCUGUGCACAUCUGUUUCGGACAUUCGUAAGUGAAAACAGGUUGUUUCUGUUGCCACCGUCAUCCAGAGCGCGGUGACUGGGUACAUCGGAUUUAACACAGUUUUAAAGAACAGAGAUGUACGAGGGGAUGACAGGUGGAAUGCGGAAGAAAGACGAAAGGGGAGGACAGGCAUGCAACAUUACUGGCCCCACACGGAUCUGGCAGAGGAGGAAUUCUCCCUGGCCAGUUCAACCAGUGGAGCAGCAUGCUAUCUCACAUACUGGCCAAGAAUAGACACUACCAGCAGCAGGGAUUCAACACUGUGCAAAAGCUUAGACAUAUGAGAAAAUGAGAUAUAAACAAACAAAAAUACUUAAUGUAAUUCCAAUCCUUUAUAAAACUGUUGCGCUCAUUUUUUAAUUGUGUACCUGAUUUGGUUAAUCAAUGGCCUAACUUACUCAAAAGAUAUCAAUUCCUCAUUUUUUAAAAAGACUUUCCACUUAAACUUUACUGCAUUAAUGUUUGCUUGUAUUUAUUACAGUAGUAUGUAGUGCUUUAUAAGCAGUUCGAUUAACAGUUCACAUUUUGCUUAGGUGCCCAAAACUUUUGCACAGCACUAUUAUUUAUAUAUUAUACACACAUGCAUAAUUCAAAAACACGUGAAAGCAUCCUGAAUGCAGCUUAUGAUUAUAAGCCUGAUAUAAAGAAAACAAAAAAAUGAUUCAACCUAUUUUAAGACAUUCUAGGAGACAUUGUGAAAACAGAAAUUCUCCUAACGACGAAUCUGUGAUAUAUUGACUUGCUUUUAAAUGCUUCCCUUUGUCAAGUGAUCUAUUUUUUCAGCGCUUGCAGAACACUCCAGUCGAGAGCCCGCAGGUGCAUGCUGGGAUAUGUUGAUCCUUCCAUUAAGUACUCACAGACUCUUAUAUAAAUCAAAUACACCAACAUGUUUACUUUCACGCUCCAGCACAAAUCAUAUACUCCCACUCUAGGCCUGCUUUCUAAAAGCGGACACGCCUCACUCGCACAAACACACGCUCUCGCGCCCUCACACAACCUGCUCUCGGUCAUCUGUGAUAAAUAGAAAAUGAACCAAAAAAAAACCUGCUCUUUGGGCCAUGUGGUCAAAGUCGUAUGAAAGGUUAAACAAACAGGGUGCCGCACAGUUUAAAUGUCACACACCCGCUGUCUUUUAAUGCUUUGUUUUUCCUUCCAGGCUACACGCUAGCACAUACACAUUGUCAGUGGAGUGUCUCUUUCUCUCUCUCUCUCUGGUCCUCUCUUUCUCUCUCUCUUUGCUUUAGUCCGUUUGGUUGUACCUGUGUGUGUAUAUAUAUUUUUUAUAUUUAAUUCUUUAAUAUGUCUCAUUUACUGGGAGUGAAUGUAUAGGAGAUCUAUCGUUCUGAGCUCAGCUCAAACCUUCUGCUUAAAAGGUUGUUUUAGGUCUUGCUUUCUCCGCCCACAAAAUGCAUUCUUUUUUUUAUAAUGUUUUUAUACAGUGAAAUAGAAGAGUGGAAGGAAAAUCCCAUAGAACUAAAAGAGAAAAUUAGGCAUACAACUUUUUGGUUUAAAACAUUUUAGGGUGCCGAGCGCUGCCACUAUGAUUGGGAGAUCACUGGUUUGAAUCCUGGUCAUGUAGCUUGCCAUCAGCUGCUGAAGCCCUGAGAGAGCACAAUUGGUCUCUCACCACAUAACUUCUAGGGUCAUCUGGAUCAGCAGCAGUUUGAAAAGAGACGGUGGCUGUCUUCACAUGUAUCGGAGGAGGCGUGUGCUAGUGUAUACCCUCCUUGUGUUGUGGCAUCACCAGUGGUGGGGGAUAUACAGCUGACUAGCAGCUCAAUGGGUGGGACAAUUUGCCUAGUUAAAUUGGGAGUAUAAUAAAAAAAACAUUUUAUUUAUUGCUUGUAUGUGAAAAUAAAUCACACUGUUGAGGUGUAGAUUUUCUGUUUUCUGUGUCAUCAAAAUAACAGGGUGGUUGAAAAAAAUCUGGCUAAAAUAUGUUGCUGUCAUUUAACAACUAGUCUGACCUUAAUCAGUUCAUAUCCAUGGUGUGCAAUUUCUCUUUCAUUUGAAUGGGAUUUCUGCCAACGCUCUGUAAAAGCUUUUCCAACCAAGCAACAGUUGUUAGGAAAGAACGCAUUUGUGGACGGAACACGGAAAGGUCAGUUAGCCUCUUGCUCUGUACAAAAGAUUGAAGUCAGAAAUUAUUGACUGCAAACAAGAAGAAAAAUGACCAGUCUGGUGAAGGCUGGCCGCCGUGCCUGCCAGUGCGUGCUGGUUGAUGGACAGGAGAGCAAGGGUGCGGCCGUAACUCUCCCCUUUGAAUGGCCAAAAGCCACAAUGGCGGCUGAACAAAAGGCCUGGUUGGACCUCACUGUAAAAUGUAAAUGGACUAUUUUUCUUCCUCUCCUCACUGGACUCCGGCCCUUCGGCUUUCUCUGAUAAAGCCACUGUUCCAAAGGAGCCUGUACCGAUACACAAUGCACACAGUUGGAGGCAUUUGCCUCCCCUUCCUGUGGACUCUGCUAUGAGCCUCGGUAGACGUUGUUAUAAAUCACUGUCUCCAUCCGUCAGCCGCUGCUGAGUCCAGUCUGGCCUCACGUCUUGGAAAGGGCAAACACUCACAAUCAGCGAGACGCAUUGUGCAACAGGCAUUAACUAUUACACUCUCUGUGAUGGAGAACAUCGCUCAUCAGAGACGACAACGUAAAAAUGCCUCUCGGACCUUGGUGCCGGCCUGAGCGCGUUACCGAGCGAGACUUUCGGACAAGGCCUCUCGACUUUGGGUUCGUGUCUGUGUACUAAAACUGAGUUUGUAUGAGUUUGGAUGCAAACAGACUACCAUACAGUGUUUAUCAGUGUUUGUAGUUUGAUGGAUUACCACUAGUGCUCUAAAGGAACUGCAGUCCAUAACGCCUGGGUAGCUUUUCCAAGUUGACUUUCUUCAGCAGUUGUGAAAGAGAACCGGAAAACAUAAUAUAUGGGGUAGAGAACAGGCCAAAAACAUGGAAGCAAACAUGGAUAAAUCAUUUUGCCCGCUCUACAUGUUUACUGACAUGAAUUUAAAGCCCAUGUUUGCAGCAAAGUACAGUACACCUAGAAAUGAAGUUGUUCCAAGGGUUCUUUGAGCAGUGCCAAAGAUUAACCACUUUCUAUAGAGGGUUUGUAAUAGAAAACUCUUUGGUGAUACAUUUGAGUGGGUACAUGCUUCACACUGACAUGCCAAAAGUCAUGGGACAGCAGGAAAUUGUAACUGUAAAUUGAUCAUGAAGCAGAACCUCAAAGGACUACUUGGGAACAUCUACAAUUGUAUAAGUUGUGAGAUAUUAUCUUGUGAAUGAGGUUAAACACUGGCCAGCAUUCCCAUGGCGAGAGAGUUAGAGUUGUCAGUGUUUGAUAGUCCCAUCUCAUUUGGUGUGUCAGUGUACUGUAAAAAAACGGUAAAGAACCUAUAUGGGAAGUUAUGCUUCUUUAGAUUUUUAAAAAGAUUCCUUACUGUAACACUUAAGGCUCUGUUACAAACCUAGUUCUUUUUAAAAGGGGAUUGAUGCUUUUAUAGAACAAUUAGAAGAGUCUUUUUGAUCUAUUCUCUUAAAUUGACCAGCUUUGUUUCUUUACAAACUCCUACUUCUGCACACCUGCUUCAGUUCACAGGGCCUUUAGAAGCAGCUAAAUGUGGGGGAUCUGAUGAAGGUAAUUAGAGCUGCAGUAAUAGUCAGCAGGACCAGAGCUAAUGAAGAAUCAGUUGUGCCUCAGCCACAAUAAAAGAUAAUCAGCACAGUUUAGAUGCUGAUCACCACUGCCAUUGUAUGCAGAUGGUGCCUUCAUGCAAAUUGUUGCAGUCUGGUCACUGGUAGGAUGUGUAUUUAGAGGUGAUCAAAUCCUUUUUAUUGACAUUGCAUGAGAGACCAUUAACAUAAUCAUUGAGAAGAGUGAACCAAUGAGACCUGAGAUCACCAUUUUUAAAUUUCUGUCUUAUGUUCUGAGACAGAGCCAUAAGGCAACUUUCACACAGUAGGGAAAGAGACAUAAAUUUAAUGUUCUCAGCAAAUUAGAUUUUUUUUAUGUGACUUACAGCUGACAUUCAUCUAAACAGUUUAUGCUCUUAAACCGACCCACACGCUUCACUUGAAGUUUCAGUUUCACAGCAUUAGAGGAGGUACUAAGGAUUUCCAGUGGCUGAUAGCUGGGUUUUCUUACCAAGACUGGGUUUAAGGUUUCUUUAAACUAAAUUUAUUAAACCUUUUAGUUCCUUAAGUGUCCCAAAUCUGACCUGUGUGUCAAUGAUUUUGUUUAGUUUUUGCUGUUUACAAAGAAAUACAGACAACACAACUGUGAUCGUAACCUUUGUUGGGAAAUUUGAGUAAAUUGGUGGUUUAGUUCUGGACAAAUCUUGUAACAUUGGAGUGAAAUAAAAGACAAUACAUCAGUAAAACCAUUAAUUAAAAUCAUUAUGUGUGAGUUCUCUCACAAUUUAUAUUUAUUUAGUUUAUUUCGAUGUUGCUACCAUACCUUUUGGCCUGGAGUUGUAGAAUCAAAUCUUAAAUCGGGGCUGUCCAAUCAUAUCCGGAAAGGACAGAUGUGGAAGCUUUUUUUUUUAUUAUUCAAGCCAACCAGAAGCUCAUGCGAUCUGUUCAGGUAUCAGAACUUCUGGUUGUUGAGAAUAAAAAGAUUUGCGGCCACACCGGCCCUUUGCAGAUAAGACAGAGAAUAAGACGCCUCUGCCUUAAACUGUAAUAGGAAUGCAGCUUCAGGAAAGGUCUUAGCGGAAAUAAGACUCUGUGAAGGUUUUGCUAAAGCUUCAAAGGUGUCCUACAGAGCAAUGCCUACACAAACAAACACACAUCUGCUCAAGAACCCCACCACUCAGGCCUGAGAAGAUUUACACUCAUACAAAAUAAGGUUCUAAGUUUUUUUUUUUUUUUUGAAUAUACAGCAUUAGAUAGGGUUGGGCAUUGAUUUAAUGUCAAUAUAUAUCAGGAUCAAGAUUUGUCUGAUAUUUAUUUGUACUUGCAUCACAUGAAUUGACCAGUUAAUUUGACCAGCUGUUUGGAAAUCAGUUUUAGUUUAGAUUUUUCUUCACAGAUUUUUGCGGCUUUAAUUUUGUUCAUAUUGGUAUUGGAAAUAAAAUGAACUCUAUAUGACCUAUAUACAGAAAUAUGUUAUUUUAAUACUAUUUAGUCGAUAUUGCCCAGACGUACCUUUAGAUUAAGUAAAGGUUCUCUCACUAUUUCGUUUAACUAUUAAACAGAGGGUUUCCAAACUCGCGUGUCUGUUUUACAACAAAGCUUCUCAAAUGAAUUUUCCAGUGAAAUGCUGCAAGAUUACUUUGGCAAUCGAAAAGGUUCUUCUAUGGCACCAAACAACCCGCGUGACCCCUUUGUUUUUAAGACUGUAUGCAAGAACAGCUCGCUGUUAAAACACCCGCAAUUCCUCUACAAAUAACCAGAGAGUACUCUCUAACCGCAGUUUGUUAUUGUUAUUGUUCACCCCAUCCCCUUCUGCUCCGGAGGCUUAGCAGAACUCCUCAGGCAUUCAAAUUUGGCAACCUGGCCAUCCGUCCAAACAGCGCAGGUAACGCGGACACAGAGGCAUGGACUGGGUCAGGAGUAUUGUGCCUGGUGAUUCUGAAAGAUGGAUCUGAUUCCAGAGGUUCUAGAUGUGGAUGGACUUUAGAAUGGUUUGCCCUUCUGAACAGUGAGCAUCCAAAUGUGAAAAAAAAAAAAAGUAAAGGUGGAAGAACUAUGUUGAAAUAUGUGUGAGAAGUGAAUAUGUAUGUGUGUCUAAGUGUAUGUGCGUCAGUGUGUAUGUUUUUUUUUUUUUAAAGAUGAUUGUAGAAACAGUGGAUGUAAAGCAGAAAAUAAGAAUGGACUAUUCUAUAAAGUUCUUCCUGAGAACAGACUGUGGCGUUGCGGUGAAAUUUUGGAAUGGAAUCGAAUGUAGUCGGAACCCCAGUGAGCAAUACUGAACAAAAGAGCUAUUGUUUUUAUUUCUGCCCAGAGCGAAGCAAGUGCUUUUUUUUCACUCUGUUAAAAAGUCUUAAAGUCACCAAUCUGUGGGUCUGGGUUUUUCUUUGAUGAAAGAUAACAUGCACUGUUUACCACUGUUGUUUCCUCACUGUAAAAAAUGUACAAAUGUCUAGCGGUCGGUCUUUACUGUAAAAAAAAAAAAAAAGAAAAGUCUUUGAUCUUCUGUGAUUUGCAUUUUUGAGGGACGUGUGUAUUUUUUUAAUGUCAUUUCUAACAAUUAAAGUGCUUGUCUUCUA